UUCUUCUACUAGUAUAAGACGAGUCAGCCACUCUGCCUCCUCUGUCAACUCACACACAAGCAACCCAAGCUCCUCCGCUUCCUCCACCUGCUACCCCACUACUCUGCUUCAUUAAUCCUGUGCCAACAAGGCAACAAGGCGUGCACGCGCGCGCCUCGUUGAGAUCGAUAGAUCGUCUACAGGAAUGGCAGCCACGGUGGAGGCGGCGGUUCUCGAGGCGGCGGCGGUGCCGUGGCCGCCGCGCCAUCAGGAGGGAGACGACGAGGAGGAGCGUGCUGUCGUCUACGCGCAGGAGAGGUGCGCGAAGGGGAAGCGCUCCAGGCGGCGCCACCUCCGCCGCGCGCCCACCGAGGAGGAGCACCUCGCGCUCUGCCUCCUCAUGCUGGCGCGCGGGCAGCGCGACGCCCGCGCUCCCCGCGUUCCCGCGCAGGAGCACAGGUGCUCCGUCUGCGGCAAGUCCUUCCCCUCCCACCAGGCCCUCGGCGGCCACAUGUCCAGCCACCGCACCAGGCCGCCGGCGGCAGCACCACCGACCCCAGCCGCCGAGAAGCCGGCGCCAGCGGCCUCGCCCGCGGCGUCAUCGUCCACGUCCGGCGCCGGCAGCAGCGGCAGCAGGGUGCACGAGUGCUCCAUGUGCAGGAAGACGUUCCCGACGGGGCAGGCGCUGGGAGGCCACAAGCGCUGCCACUACGACGGCACCGCCGCCGGCGCCUCCACCACCAGCACCACAGGCUUCAGCCGCGGGUUCGAUCUCAACAUACCCGCCCUGCCGGAACUGAUCCUCGGCGAUCGGUGCAUGCCGGCGGCCGCGGAAGAAGAGAAGGAGGUGCUCAGCCCCUUGGCCUUCAAGAAGCCGAGGCUAAUGAUCCUGGCGUAGCGUAGGUAGUUGGCUAGUUGGUUGCUGCAAGUCGAUUUUCCUCCUGUUUGAGUUGCUGAAUGCCGUCUUGCUUGGUGAGCAGUUGUACGCUUCUUGCACAGGAGUACCGGUCAACUAUAGGUCUUUGAUUGCUGUAUAUGCUCAUGUAUUUAAUUCCGUACAAAGAUUUUUUGUUUCAUUGGUUGCUGUAAGCUUUUGUGUGUUUGGUAAAGAA